AGAGCGGCGAAGGCGGGCAGAGGGGCGCGGGCGAGGCGGAGCAGCCAUCCCCGGGCCCGGCGCCGCGCCGCCACCAUGCUAAACAACCUGACGGACUGCGAGGACGGCGAUGGGGGAGCCAACCCCGGUGAUGGCAACCCCAAGGAGAGCAGCCCCUUCAUCAACAGCACUGACACAGAGAAGGGAAGGGAGUAUGAUGGCAAGAACAUGGCCCUGUUUGAGGAGGAGAUGGACACCAGCCCCAUGGUGUCCUCCCUGCUCAGUGGCCUGGCCAACUACACCAACCUGCCCCAGGGAAGUAGGGAGCAUGAAGAGGCAGAAAACAAUGAGGGUGGAAAAAAGAAGCCAGUGCAGGCCCCACGCAUGGGCACCUUCAUGGGCGUGUACCUCCCGUGCCUGCAGAACAUCUUUGGUGUCAUCCUCUUCCUGCGACUCACUUGGGUGGUGGGCAUCGCAGGCAUCAUGGAAGCCUUCUGCAUGGUCUUCAUCUGCUGCUCCUGUACCAUGCUCACGGCCAUCUCCAUGAGUGCAAUUGCAACUAAUGGUGUUGUACCUGCUGGCGGCUCCUACUACAUGAUUUCCAGGUCUCUGGGCCCAGAGUUUGGGGGCGCCGUGGGCCUCUGCUUCUACCUGGGCACUACCUUUGCUGGGGCCAUGUACAUCCUGGGCACCAUCGAAAUCCUACUGGCUUACCUCUUCCCAGCUAUGGCCAUUUUUAAGGCAGAAGAUGCCAGCGGGGAGGCAGCAGCCAUGUUGAACAAUAUGCGUGUAUAUGGCACCUGUGUGCUCACUUGCAUGGCCACUGUGGUAUUUGUGGGCGUCAAGUAUGUCAACAAGUUUGCCCUUGUCUUCCUGGGUUGUGUCAUCCUCUCCAUCCUGGCCAUCUAUGCUGGGGUCAUCAAAUCUGCCUUCGACCCACCCAACUUCCCGAUCUGCCUCCUGGGGAACCGCACACUGUCUCGCCAUGGCUUUGAUGUCUGUGCCAAGCUGGCUUGGGAAGGAAAUGAGACGGUGACCACACGGCUCUGGGGCCUUUUCUGUUCCUCCCGUUUCCUCAACGCCACCUGUGAUGAGUACUUCACCCGAAAUAAUGUCACGGAGAUCCAGGGCAUCCCUGGCGCUGCCAGUGGCCUCAUCAAAGAGAAUCUUUGGAGCUCCUACCUAACCAAAGGGGUGAUUGUGGAGAGGCGUGGGAUGCCCUCGGUGGGCCUGGCGGAGGGCACCCCUAUCGACAUGGACCAUCCUUAUGUCUUCAGCGAUAUGACCUCCUACUUCACCCUGCUGGUUGGCAUCUACUUCCCCUCAGUCACAGGGAUCAUGGCUGGUUCUAACCGCUCUGGGGACCUACGGGAUGCCCAGAAGUCAAUUCCCACUGGCACCAUCCUGGCCAUUGCCACCACCUCUGCUGUCUAUAUCAGCUCCGUUGUUCUGUUUGGGGCCUGCAUUGAGGGGGUCGUCCUGCGGGACAAGUUUGGAGAAGCUGUGAAUGGCAACCUGGUGGUGGGCACACUGGCCUGGCCAUCCCCCUGGGUCAUUGUCAUUGGAUCCUUCUUCUCCACCUGUGGGGCCGGGCUGCAGAGCCUCACGGGGGCCCCACGCCUGCUGCAGGCCAUCUCCCGGGAUGGCAUCGUGCCCUUCCUGCAGGUCUUUGGCCACGGCAAAGCAAAUGGAGAACCAACAUGGGCCUUGCUCCUGACUGCCUGCAUCUGUGAGAUUGGCAUCCUCAUCGCAUCCCUUGACGAGGUCGCCCCCAUCCUCUCUAUGUUCUUCCUGAUGUGCUACAUGUUUGUGAACCUGGCUUGCGCAGUCCAGACACUGCUGAGGACACCCAACUGGAGGCCACGCUUUCGAUAUUACCACUGGACACUCUCCUUCCUGGGCAUGAGCCUCUGCCUGGCCCUCAUGUUUAUCUGCUCCUGGUAUUAUGCCCUGGUGGCCAUGCUCAUCGCUGGGCUCAUCUACAAGUACAUCGAGUACCGAGGGGCAGAGAAGGAGUGGGGCGAUGGGAUCCGAGGCCUGUCCCUCAGUGCUGCACGCUAUGCCCUCUUACGCCUGGAGGAAGCCCCACAUACAAAGAACUGGAGGCCACAGCUACUGGUGCUGGUGCGUGUGGACCAAGACCAGAAUGUGGUACACCCACAGCUGCUCUCACUGACCUCCCAGCUCAAGGCAGGGAAGGGCCUGACCAUUGUGGGUUCCGUCCUUGAGGGCACCUUUCUCGACAACCAUCCCCAGGCUCAGCGGGCAGAGGAGUCCAUCCGGCGCCUGAUGGAGGCAGAGAAGGUGAAAGGCUUCUGCCAGGUGGUGAUUUCCUCCAACCUGCGUGAUGGUGUGUCACAUCUGAUUCAGUCUGGGGGCCUCGGGGGGCUGCAGCACAACACCGUGCUCGUCGGCUGGCCCCGCAACUGGCGGCAGAAGGAAGAUCAUCAGACGUGGAGGAACUUCAUUGAGCUGGUCCGGGAAACCACAGCUGGUCACCUGGCCCUGCUGGUCACCAAAAAUGUUUCCAUGUUCCCCGGGAAUCCCGAGCGCUUCUCCGAGGGCAGCAUCGACGUCUGGUGGAUCGUGCACGAUGGAGGCAUGCUCAUGCUGUUACCCUUCCUGCUGCGGCACCACAAGGUCUGGCGGAAAUGCAAGAUGCGUAUCUUCACGGUGGCCCAGAUGGACGACAAUAGCAUCCAGAUGAAGAAGGACCUGACCACCUUUCUGUACCACUUACGUAUCACCGCAGAGGUCGAGGUGGUGGAGAUGCAUGAGAGCGACAUCUCGGCUUACACCUACGAGAAGACACUGGUGAUGGAGCAGCGUUCCCAGAUCCUCAAACAGAUGCAUUUAACCAAGAAUGAGCGAGAGCGGGAGAUCCAGAGUAUCACAGAUGAGUCUCGUGGCUCAAUCCGGAGAAAGAAUCCAGCCAACACUCGGCUCCGCCUCAACGUCCCAGAAGAGACAGCUGGUGACAGCGAGGAGAAGCCAGAGGAGGAGGUGCAGCUGAUCCACGACCAGAGCGCUCCCAGCUGCCCCAGCAGCUCUCCGUCCCCGGGGGAGGAGCCUGAGGGGGAGGGCGAGGGAGAUCCCGAGAAGGUGCAUCUCACCUGGACCAAGGACAAGUCGGUGGCAGAGAAGAAUAAGGGCCCCAGUCCGGUCUCCUCCGAGGGCAUCAAGGACUUCUUCAGCAUGAAGCCGGAGUGGGAGAAUUUGAACCAGUCCAACGUGCGGCGCAUGCACACGGCCGUGCGGCUGAACGAGGUCAUCGUGAAGAAAUCCCGGGAUGCCAAACUGGUUUUGCUCAACAUGCCGGGACCUCCGCGCAACCGCAACGGUGACGAAAACUACAUGGAGUUCCUCGAGGUGCUCACCGAGCACCUGGACCGGGUGAUGCUGGUCCGCGGCGGCGGCCGCGAGGUCAUCACCAUCUACUCCUGAGAGCCGGGACCUGCCACCCGGGCCCGAGCGCGCCCGGCCGGCGGCCCCGGAGCCCUCGCCGCGCCCCCUGCCGCUGUCACCGUUUACACACAGACCCUGUGCCCGCGCCCCGGCCCCUUUCCCCGCUGCCUGAAGCCCGGAGGCCGCGCCGCUCGGGGCUGACUCGGAGCGGACCGCCCCGCGCGGAGGCCGGAGCCCGAGCGCCCCUUUGGCGCGCUGCUCCGCGGGCCCAGCCUCGCCCCGCCGGAGGAGACGCUGCAAUAAGGCCGGGGAGGCGCGGGCCCGACCCUCCGCCGCCCGCCCGGUCCUCCUCGGCGGCCCCGCGGGCGCGCGGCGGGGGGGCUGCCUCGGCCCGAGCGGCCGCCGCCCACCUCCCCGGCGGGGCCGCGCCUAUACAUAGUGUACAGGAGGCGUCGCGUGUAUUUUUAACGUCCCCAUAUUUCUGUGACUAGAAGCGCAACGGACUUCUCUGCUCGCCGCGGUCGAGCUCUCCGGCUGGGGGCGCCCGGGGAGGCAGGGCCCCGGGACGCUGGGUUUUCCCGGGCGUCCGCGAGUUUGGGAGCAGAAGUGCUUUCGGCCCAGGCGGGAGUCGUGGUCCUGGCCCCUUGGCACCCCCGCCCCGCUCUCGCCGCCUCGCCCUUCCCGCGCGCCCCCGGCUUCCGACCUGCCCGCGAUUUCUUUUCCGAGAGGGGGUGAGACCCGCCUCCCAGCGCCCCGGGGGCGCGCGGCCGCCGGGACGGGCGGGGCUCCCCGGGGGUGGGCGCCGGCCGAGGAGGCCCCGCCCCCGUGCCUUCGCCGGGAGCAGGCGUCUCUCCGCGUCAGCUCGUCGCCUGCUCCCCCGACCCCGUGGCUCCUCGCCAAAGACUGAAUCCGGGGAGCUGGAGGGCGUCCCCUCCCCGGAGUUGCGUCCCUGGGACAGGCGCGGGAGGAGGGGUCGGCGAUUUGGGUUUGGGGGCCAGACCCACCGGGGAGGCCCCGGCGCCGCCCCUGAUGUUCCCUCUUCUGUCCCCAUCCGGCAGCUGGCAGCUCGGGGCGCGGGGACCCCGUCGCCUUCUCCGCGCCCCGGGGCCGGGCCUCGCCGCCCAGCAGCGGCCUGCAGCUGCGUCUCCCAGGCACCUGGGCCCGAGGGAGGGCUGGAGUCGCCAUGUGCUUUGUUCUUAGCGCCUCUCUGCCCUCCUCCAGCUAGGACCCAAGGCCUUUGGCUUCUCCAACUCCAGUCCUUGGCGCUUUUGCUCCAAGCAGCCCCAUCAGAGGCGCCCUCUAUCCCUAGGGAAGGCGCAUUGGGCGGGUUCCCUUCCCCCAGGGCACGAUACUAAGGGGGCAGGCCCUGCAUGCUCGUUCCAGCGCCCUCUGGGACUGGGUUCAGUACCUCCAGCCCCAGGGCCCUGACAUUUGCACCUAGGACAUCCUGCCCGCCUCCCAGAACUGGGGCUACUGGGUACUCCUGACCUCACCACCUCCUUCCCUUUGAGCCCAAGAGCUGGAGCUGUUGCCAUCUAUAGACUGGGUCAGGUGUGGCUGGAGGUAGGUAGGUCUGGAUAUCUCCCCGUUAGGCCAAGGCCCUCUGAGAUUUGAUGAGGGGGGCAGAUAGACUUUAGAAAGUUGUACUAGGACACCAGGCCGCCCCCCUCCCCUCCCGGCAUCUUCCUGAAGACUGCCUUCCCAGAACCACAGCUGGGUCCAGCCCUCCCAGCGAAGCAGUGGGCUGAGCAGAAGGGGAAUGGGCUGUUUAUCAACACCAGUUAGGGAACCAAAGUUACGCUGUCUGGGCCCGGAAUGUCUGGUUGGCAAGAGCAAAGUUUCCGUUGAUGAAGACAAACAUCCCACAACAAAACCCAAGUUUUCUGUGCUACAUGUGCAAUAUUUGUUAUGAAUGUUAUCACAAGUCACUCAUCAAAUUAUCUUUAUAACCAUUGUAGCUAGAUGUUUCAUGUCCAUUCAAGUGACUUUUAUUCUGAGUGCAAUAUUUCAAUAGCCUUGUAGUGAUAACUAGUGUUGCUUUUGUUUUAGACGAUCUAUGUGCAGGGCAAUGCAAUGAAGUUGAAAACCCUUGUAUAUAGGAGAGGUUGCAAACCAAAUCAAGAUUAUUUAUUACUAUUAUUAGGCCUGCCUUUAAUUUUCAGUGUGUUUCAGUAUUCCGCAUUCUGCCUCAGUACUGAUCUUGUGUUCUUCGUGCCAAUACGGAAAGGAGCGCGUUGGUUCUUUCCUUCAUUGUUGAAUGCUCCCAUUUAAUGCUUUACAGCUUUUACUGUAUUUUUUAGACUCCCGUCUGCACAAAAUGCAAUAAAAAUAAUUUUAUUAUA